AUGUCUCGUCUCGUGAGGACUCCUGCGCUCAUGUCGCCAGUAUCCACAUGUGGCAACCACCGAUACCUGACCCGUGAGCUCAGAUCGUCCUUACGCAGUAGUACGUCUCUGGCUCGCGCCGGCAUCGUAGAGGUCUGUCUUUUCGCCAUCGACGAAGAUGUCAAAGAGGACUACCUCGCGAGAUACACGACCAAUACCACCUCUGCCCCCCUGCGCCCCAAUCCCCCCGACGAACGCCUUGGUCACCCUCACGGACCCCGAUCUAUAGUUUCGCGUUCCUCUGUAUCUGUAAGUGCCGACUCCUGUGAGAACUCAUCGUACUAA